AUGACUCAAUACGAUGUGAAGGAGACUAUCACUUCCUCCGAGGGCACCAACCAUGAAGAAUUUGCAGACCUCACUAACCAAGUGCUUCACACCGAUCUUGCUUAUGACAAGGAAGGCAUUGGAGGAAUCCUACGGUCACCGUUUGUGUUCGGCGCUGCCUUGUUGGCUUCAUUUGGCGGGUUUUCAUUCGGAUAUGAUCAAGGCGUUAUCUCAUUGAUCCUGGUGAUGCCUCAAUUUCAUGAACAAUUUCCAAAGAUUGCACCCGAUGCCCCCCGCUAUGGUUUCAACGUGGGUGUCAUGACAGGUCUUCUCGAGCUCGGUGCCUUUAUUGGAUGCCUUUGUCUACCUUAUCUAGCGGAUCAUCUCUCACGAAAAUGGGGCUUGACGGUUGCAACCUGUUUCUUCUGCAUCGGUGCCGUCAUCCAGACUGCCUCUCACAACUACAACACACUGGUCGCAGGCCGCUUCAUUGGCGGCAUUGGCGUUGGCACUCUAGCUAUGAGUGCACCUCUCUACAUCUCUGAAAUCGCACCGCCGAAUAUCAGAGGCUCUCUGCUGGUGCUUGAAGCCAUCAGUAUCGUGAUAGGGGCUAUUAUCGCCUAUUGGAUAACCUAUGCAACCAGACACAUUACUGGUGACGGGUCUUUCAGGCUGCCAUUCCUAUUAGGUCGCAAUGGGGACAGCUUGAAAGCAUUGGCGAAGUUACGAAGACUUCCGCAAGAUGACAGCCGCGUCCAAACAGAAUGGAAAGGUAUCCUUGUGGACGUUCGCUUCCAAGAGGGGAUGCUCAAACGAGAACACCCCAAUACAGACCCAUUAAUGCUUGAGAUCAAGCAGUGGAUCCAGCUCUUCAAGCCCAAGUACAUCAGGCAAACCUUGGUUGCAAUCGGCAUACCGUUCUUCCAACAAUUUUCAGGUAUCAAUGCGUUCGUGUAUUAUGCCCCGACCUUUUUCGCCGCCCUUGGACAAAGUUACGAGAUGACUCUCAUCCUUUCUGGAAUGGUUAAUAUCUGCCAGCUUGUUGCAGGGAUCCCGACUUUCCUUUUCCUCGAUCAAAUAGGAAGACGAAAGCUAGCCAUCUUUGGUGGCCUAGCUAUGGCCGUACCGCACAUUAUCAUGGCCGGCGUAGUUGGUAAAUUCAGUCACAGCUGGCCAACUCACCAAGGCGUCGGUUGGUUUGGAGUAGCCCUGAUAUACACGUAUGUCUUGACGUACGCGGCAUCGUACGGACCACUUGCCUGGACUCUGCCAGCAGAGUGUUUCUCGACAGCAACGAGAAGCAAAGGGGUUGGCAUCGCGACUGCCACUAUCUGGAUAGCAAACUUCAUCAUUGGCGUGGCUAUCCCACAGAUGGCCAUCUCGAUCGGCUGGGGUACCUAUCUCUUUUUCGGUUGUUUUUGCCUUGGGGCCAGUGUCUUUUCGUUCUUCUUGGUCCCUGAAACUAGUAAGAAAUCGCUAGAGCAGAUCGCGGAGGUUUUUGGAGACAAGUCCAUCUACGAGGAGGCUGAGUUGAUGGCGCGCGUGGCGGAAGAGCUCUUUGGAAGGACGACAUCGAUCGAAGAGCUGAAAGUGUGA